CACAACAAGACAGUUCAAAAGGCAAUCAAAGAAUAUUAUCGAGUGAUUAUAUCUUCCUAAUUCAUAUUCCGUUCUUGGUCCGCCAUCUGAUCGGGUUAAUCCCAUCAUUGGUGCUCUUGUUGAGAGUCGAAUACUGUGAGAUAAGGCUGUGAGAUUAUGGCCGGACGAAGGACGAGACGUAACCCUGCUACUUCUGCCUAGUCGACCGUGAGGAGUGACAACCCAGAACAGGGUAUGAUAGUUCCAGUCAAUGGGUUGGAAACGGCACUAAAUAAUGUGGCUAACAUGAUGGCCAACAUUAUGGAACGAUUGGAUAAGGCUCUUCCAGGUCCAUCCGGUACCCGGGACAUCCCUACCGGGCAACCUCGCCAGGCCCUGCGUACUGCGAGUUCUCCUAUCCUCCAGGAGCUCCAUGAUCCGGAGGAGGUUGAAAGGGAAAGGCGAGCCAUUGAUAGACGCCGGGCGGAGGAAUUGGCCCGGAAUAGCAAGGUGAACGAAGGCCAGGCUAAGGAUCCAAGCCGGAUCUUCGGCGAUGGAAACGAGAACCCGCGGACAUCUGUCUUUGAAAGGAUAUCUCGCCAGAAAGCUCAUGUUAGUGAGAGACUGGGGAAGAAUCCGGAAAAGGCACCCCAGGGUUGGAUACGACCCCAGGCCAGCCAGGUGGCAUCUUCCAAUCGCGAGCCCCGGCAGCGAAACGGCCGAGGCGCGAGCCAGGUGCUGGUCCGGUCAUUAAGGAAUCUGGAGGAGGACGAGGUCCAGAGCCAAGCCAGGAUCCCAGCACCACGGCGUCUGGGACCGCCGUUGCCGGAAGCUGGUGAAUUCCAGGAUCUGAGGCAGCAGAUCCAGGAGAUGCAGAGGAAGAUAAACAAGGGUCGAGUAUUCACCACCCACCCUCAGGAACACAUAAACAGUUAUGUCCAAGUGAUGAUCGCUGUAGAUGCCAGUGACGCACUCAUGUGCCGGUGCUUCUUGCAGACCGUUGAUAGCAAGCGCCGGUUAGCUAGGCCAUGGUUCUGGGCUAGCCAUCUACCCAGCGAUGGUAGAUUUCACNCGUUGCCGGAAGCUGGUGAAUUCCAGGAUCUGAGGCAGCAGAUCCAGGAGAUGCAGAGGAAGAUAAACAAGGGUCGAGUAUUCACCACCCACCCUCAGGAACACAUAAACAGUUAUGUCCAAGUGAUGAUCGCUGUAGAUGCCAGUGACGCACUCAUGUGCCGGUGCUUCUUGCAGACCGUUGAUAGCAAGGUCGCGGAUUGGGUCAACCAUAUCCCUGCCGGAUCGAUCCGGACUUGGGAUGAAUUGGGACUUCGGUUCCUAGAGCAUUUUGCUGGGAACUGUCGUCCCAAAAAGCAUUUCACUCACUUGGCGUCAGUACGACAGAAGCAUGGAGAAUCCUUGAAGAAUUUCCUUAUCCGAUGGAGGAAAGAGUCCAGGGAGGUUGAAGGAACCGAUGAUAAGUCCAGGUUGGCUAUGUUCACGGCGGCAUUGCAGGAUGGACUCCUUCACACCGAUCUCACUACUCAUCCCCCGGAUACCUUCGAAGAAGCAAUGGUCUGGGCGGGAAGGUAUGUAACCCUGGAAGAAAGAAAGGAGGAGAAGAAAGAGAAAACUCCUAAAGAAGAAGAGAAGUUGGGGAGUAAGAAGCCGUUCAAGAACAAGAAGCAAGGCUUCCCGGACGGACCAAAGGGCGCAAAUCCUGGGACUUCGGAGAAGCAUAAAUCUGCCAACCCGGUCUUCACAUUGCCAGUGGCUGAGGUCAUGGCCCAUGCUGCACAGCAGGGACUCAUGACUUACCCAACCUAUUCUCAGAAGGUCUGCAAAGUGGAAGAUACUGGAAAAUGGUGUGCCUACCAUCGCAAGAAUGACCACAACACGGAAGAUUGCUAUACUCUGAAGAAUGAGAUGGCAAGGCUAAUCCGCCGGGGUCAUCUAAAGAAAUUCGUACAAGAUGGCGAUGCAGGAAAUCCCGGGAAUGCUCAGAAUGGAAAGCGCAGAGAUAAAGAAGUGGCCCAAGCUGAGGCCCGGGAGAAACGCCAUAUCGGGCUUGAAGACGAAGAGGAGGAUUCGGAGCCCGCACCGCAUCGCCAGAAGAGACACCACGGGUGUAACUUCAUCAUUGGAGGAAAUACUGGCGGGGAUUCAGCCAUGAGCCGGAAGAAAUGGGCUAACGCGGCGAUGGUUAACAAGGUGCUGGUCCCGGAAGGUAAGAAGCUGAAAACCGAGCCAAUUGUAUUUUCUAAUGCUGAUCUUCCAAAGACAGGGGUCCCUCAUAGGGACGCCCUAGUAAUUACUAUUGAUAUAAUGGACUUACUGAUCCACAAAACCCUUGUGGAUACGGGAAGCUCCGUUAAUAUCAUGUAUAUGGAUACGUACAAGGCUCUCGGUUUGACAAGAGAUGAAUUAUCACCCAUCAAGACUCCACUAACCGGGUUCACUGGUGACUCUAUUGAACCAGAGGGGGUAAUAACCCUCCCGGUUGAGAUAGGGGAUACUAAGGCAACCCGGUGUUGAAACACGGGUUUAUCGUGUUUUCGUACUAAAGCCGUGUUCGUUUUUAUGACAGGUUUUGAUAAUGCCAAACCGCCGUGAACGAGACAAGUUAUUGAAUAUACAAGGCGAGAAAUAAAUAUAAGAAGAAAGCAAGAGAACAAGA